AUGCUGUUCCCGCAUUUCACCAUUAUCCUCUUGCUGUACCUCGGUCUGGCAGCGAGGUCCGAUUUACUCAGUGGCCAAAACCCCGAGAGUGCAACCAUCGGCAGGCAGGAAGCGCCUGCUUCACAUAUUCUCCAUGAGAGACAGAAUGCACAUUGGUCAGAACGCUGGGCGAAGAGAGAUAGGAUUCAUGCCCGGACAUUGCUGCCCAUGCGCAUCGGUCUUGUGCAGAGAAACUUAGCAGUUGGAGCUGAUCUUCUGCGAAAAAUCUCCGACCCAACAUCCGAAGACUACGGCAAGCACCUGUCGGCCGAAGAGGUGAUUGACCUCUUCGCACCAACUGAAGCCACUAUUGCACACAUCAAAGAAUGGCUCAUGAGCUCAGGUAUCCGUGAUGAGAUUAUCUCACUCUCUGCAAACAAACAGUGGAUCCAGUUUGACGCUCAUGCCGGAGAGGUUGAAGAUUUGCUGCUCACAAACUUCUUUGAGUACGAGCAGCUCGCCUCUGGCAGCCGCACCGUCGCCGUAGAGCAAUAUCAUGUCCCCAGUCACUUGAGUGAACACAUUGACUAUAUCACACCGGGAGUCAAGCUCAGAGCAGGUCGCAGCAACGUAAAGUCAAUCCGGACUCGCCAAGCACAAGAUGCCAAUAUAGUCAAGAAGCGCGGUAUGAGAGCCACACAUGCUGCUGAUAGCGUCUUCACUGCCCAGGACGGUGCUACAGUUGGUCUACCGCCGCUCAAUAUGAGCUCGUGUGAUGCCUAUGUCACGAUAGAUUGCAUCCGUGCCCAGUACAGCAUUCCCAACAACACGUUCGCCUCUCCGGGAAACGAGCUCGGAUUCUUCGAAGGUGUCAACGACCACUACAGCCGUGACGGCCUGGACACGUUCUUCUCCACGCUCUUUCCUUACAUCCAAAAUGGGACCUACCCGGAGGAACGACUCAUCGACGGCGCCAUCGGUGCGGUCGAGGAUAUUCAAGGAUAUAAUCAAUCCAUGGACGGUGGCGAGUCUGAUCUCGACAUACAGGCGGCGUGGCCAUUGAUAUGGCCGCAGAAGACAGUGCUUUUCCAAACAGAUGACCAGUUCUACGAGAUCAAUUCUUCGUCGGUGAAUACACCAUAUGUGGGAUUUUGGAACACCUUCUAUGAUGCCAUUGACGGGUCAUACUGCUCGUACUCGGCGUACGGUGAAACAGGCGAUUGCACAGCGGCGGACUGUCUCGACCCUGUGUACCCUGAUCCGAACACUGGCGGGUAUAAAGGCCAGCUGCAGUGUGGUGUUUACCGUCCCACCAAUGUGAUUUCAAUUUCUUACAGCGGCGGCGAGGCAGACUUCCCCGCCUCUUACCUCAAGCGUCAGUGCAGCGAGAUCAUGAAACUCUCAUUGCAAGGCGUCACGGUUGUCGAGUCCUCUGGAGACUAUGGUGUCGGUUCAUACCCGGGUGACGGCGGCUGGGAAACGGGCUGUGCUGGCCCUGACGGGGACGUCUUCUAUCCUUCUGCAGACGUAACCUGCCCCUAUGUUUUGUCUGUUGGGUCUACUCGCUUCAACCACGUGAGUGAUCCCAACGACACAACCACGUACUAUGAGACUGCUUCUGGGUACAGCGGCGGUGGGUUCUCGAACUACUUUGACGCGCCUGAGUGGCAGAAGAAGGCCAUUGCCCAGUACUUUGACGAAGUGAAACUUGACUUUACCGGGUACAAAGAAGCCGGGAAGAACUUCAGCGAUGUCGGGAGCGGCGUGUACAGGACGGGUGGCCGAGGGUAUCCGGAUGUGUCGUCGAUUGGCGUGCAUUAUAUGUCGUUUACCGAGGGCCGAUGGGCGCGUGAGGGCGGCACAUCACUUUCAGCGCCAAUUUGGGCGGCGGUUAUCACUCUGAUCAAUGAGAGGCGGCUGGCCGCAAAUAAGAGCACAGUGGGAUUUCUUCAUCCUGUGCUAUAUGCUCAUCCAGAGGUCUUUACUGACAUUACGGUUGGAAAUAAUACUGCCUGCAACUCGACCGGCUUCCUGGCAGCAAAAGGAUGGGAUCCAGUCAGUGGUCUUGGAACUCCCAUAUUUCCGAAGCUGGUCGAUCUUUUUCUAGCCUUAUGA